CCCGUCGUGCCCCUCGCUCCUCCGUUCUAAUUUUUUUCUGCUCGUCAUUCACCGACGCCGCGUCGCGUCGCGAAAAAAAGAACUGAAAACUCCUGCGUCUUUUUUAAGUCGGCCUUCUCCUUCUGGGUUGUCGCUCGCGCGCAAAAAAAACUAUCAGCCAUGGACCGGCUGUUGAGACUGGGUGCUGGUGGGAUGUCGGGGCUGGGCCAGGGCCCUCCUAGUGAUGCCCCAGCAGUGGACACAGCUGAGCAGGUGUACAUCUCUUCUCUGGCCUUGCUCAAGAUGCUGAAGCAUGGGCGAGCAGGUGUGCCGAUGGAGGUGAUGGGCCUGAUGCUGGGAGAGUUUGUGGACGACUAUACAGUCCGCGUCAUUGACGUUUUCGCCAUGCCGCAGUCCGGCACGGGCGUGAGCGUCGAAGCCGUGGAUCCCGUAUUUCAGGCCAAGAUGUUGGAUAUGCUCAAGCAAACCGGCCGGCCUGAGAUGGUGGUCGGGUGGUACCACAGCCACCCGGGGUUCGGCUGUUGGCUCUCAGGUGUCGACAUCAACACACAGCAGAGCUUUGAGGCGCUGUCGGAGCGAGCUGUCGCCGUGGUGGUCGAUCCCAUCCAGAGCGUCAAGGGCAAGGUUGUCAUCGAUGCCUUCCGACUGAUAAAUCCCAACAUGAUGGUGCUCGGACAUGAACCACGCCAGACCACUUCCAACCUAGGCCACCUCAACAAGCCCUCGAUCCAGGCAUUGAUUCAUGGGCUCAACCGGCACUACUACUCAAUAUCCAUCAACUACAGGAAAAACGAGCUGGAGCAGAAGAUGCUGCUGAACCUACAUAAGAAGAGCUGGAUGGAUGGCCUUUCCCUGCACGAGUACAACGAGCACUGCAAGCUCAACGAGAGCACCGUCAAAGAGAUGUUGGAUCUGGCCAAGUGCUACAAUAAGGCUGUUGAAGAGGAAGACAAAAUGACUCCAGAGCAGCUGGCUAUAAAGAAUGUUGGCAAACAGGACCCCAAGCGACACCUAGAAGAGCACGUGGACGUGCUGAUGUCCUCCAACAUCGUGCAGUGCCUUGGGGCCAUGCUGGACACUGUUGUCUUCAAGUGACGAGGCUCCUGCUCUUCGAGACAACAAUUAUUAAUUAAAUGCCACUGAUUAGGAAAAAUUACCCAGCCUAGGGUUUCCAGAGAGCACACAUCAUCACACAUCCAUUGUGGCCAAACACACUUAAUGGACAGAAAGACAAGCUAGAGUUUCCCAAACCGCGUUUGUCGUGCCCCCCCCACCCCCAACCCACCGCAAAGGAGCUUCCUUAGCAUGUUUUUGCCAUUGUUUUCUAUUCAGAUGCAAAUUAAUGUUGUUAAAGCAUCACAUGGAAUCUGAUUGGGAAAUAAAUGUAAACCUUAUCAUCAUUGUGGAGUGUUGGGGGGUGGGGGAAUUGACUUUUUGGAGAACAUGUGACUCAAGUGCUUUUGCCUGUCGGUUCUGUCCUCGUAUUUAAAUGCACCUGGGUCACUUCUCAACACGGUGGCAGCGUGUUAAACUAGGGAGGCUCGAUGUGCUUGUCAAAGUGGACUGGUGUUUGUAUCUCUUACUGCUAUGUACGAUGGCUAAAGCCAUGCGGCAAGGGCAUGACGAUCCAUAUGUAUAAUAAAAUAACGGUCACUUUCCUGAAAAACACAAAAGUAUAAGCUUGCCUUUCAAAGACGUUCAGUUUUUGCCACCAAAUUUGAAUUUUAUUUCCCCUACGCCCCCCCCAUCUUACUGGCUGUGGGUUUUAUGCAGCAUGCAUACGGCGCAUAGUGAGAGUUGCGAGGACAUGUUUGAUCAAGGUGUGAUGGAGCAAUAGAAAGGUUGAGACGUCCUCUCUCUGCGGCGUUGGAGUCCCCUUGUGUCUCAACCUAUGUAAAGGUGAAUGCUGUUGAAAAUCUUUUUGAAUUUUAAGGUUAUUAAAGUAUCCGUAAUACCCACGACGUAUAUUUACACAAAAAUAAGCAACAAGCCUUAUAGUUUACACUCGAAACAAUUUUCUCGUUCCAUCGACGAGUCUGUCGCUUCAUUUCUUUUGUGGCCGUUUUACUUUUGAUCGUUUUAACAUCUUGACGUUUUAACGCAGUUUGUGUACACGCUGCGAAAAGGUGGCGUUCCAUAUAAAAAAUAAAAACAAAAGCAAGACAAAAGAAACAAUCUCA